AUGCCUAAACGUCCAGCCGCGUCGGGUUAUGCGCGGCUUGCCCAGGCCGAAGACGAUGAAAGAGACUACUACGAUGAAUCGGACGAGGAAGGAGGCCUCUAUGGCGCUCCGCGCACGAUAUCCUCGCCGACGCAAUUUGCCCCCAUCAGCGCUCGAGCUCAGAUGCAGCCGCCCGGCUCAUCGACACCACCUGAAUAUCGACGCAGAAAUAGCGGCCCUGCGCGCCGUCGAAAACGCAGCAACUCGUCCGGUGUUGACAUCAAAGCCAUCAACGCCCGCUUGGAACGAUGGGCCGAGGAAAUAGCUUCGAGAUUCAAGAUCAGCAAAGGACCCGGAAGGUCGUUACAAGAUGAGAAACUCGAAAUCCAUCACACCGUUUUCCGUCCCCCAAAUGGUGUUCAGCCAUAUACUGCCGAGGAGUUGGAUACCGAUGAAUACGAGUCUGAACAGAAACAAAAACGCGUCCAGUUUGAGGAUAUUGUCGAAAGUGUUCGUACCGCAAUCGAGCUCGGCGUACACCCCAAGAUGAUAUCGAAGGGAAGUUCUGGUAGUUACUUUGCUCGAAACGCGGAAGGCAAGGUAGUCGGUGUCUUUAAGCCAAAGGAUGAAGAGCCCUACGCUUCCAGGAAUCCUAAGUGGACAAAGUGGCUGCAUAGGAACCUCUUCCCUUGUUGUUUUGGCAGAGCAUGUCUUAUCCCAAAUCUGUCCUACGUUUCCGAAGCAGCUGCAUCGGUUUUGGAUGCACGACUGCGUACGAAUAUUGUCCCAUACACAGACGUUGUUUGGAUGUCUUCCAAAUCGUUUCACUAUGAUUUCUGGGAACGAAGAAAGGCUUGGAGUGGCCGGAGACCAUUACCUCCAAAGCCUGGGAGCUUUCAAGUAUUUUUAAAAGGCUACAAGGAUGCCACUAUAUUUUUACGAGAACAUCCUUGGCCCGACCAGGCAAACUCUGGAUUUAACACCGACGAUGCCCCAAAGCGAAAGAAACGACCAUGGAACGAGGCCUGCCGGCCAUCUGGCAUUCAUUCUGAUGACGAAGAUGAAGAAGACUACGAUGUAGACAACGUGCGCACUCCGUCUCCGCAGAGCGAGGGAUCAGAAGAACGAUUCUAUUGGAGUGAAAAUUUGAAACAGUCGUUCCGAGAAGAAUUGGAGAAAUUGGUCAUUCUGGAUUAUAUCAUGCGAAACACCGACCGCGGAUUGGAUAAUUGGAUGAUCAGGGUAGAUUGGAAGACUGAAGAGGUUUCCAUCGUCGCGGAGCCUCCCAAGCCAAACGGUGUCGCUGAUGAUGAAUCCGAGCCCGCUCAGCCUGCUCGUACCGUCCCAUUAAAUUCAGACCGUCAAAAUGCGAAUUUAACGGCACCACUCCCUUAUCGACGACAUGAAGCUAUGGUUGCCACGAGCCGCACUGGGACUCCUUCCAAUGUGUUGGAAAAGCACGCAACCAUCAGUGUUGGUGCCAUUGACAACAGUCUGUCAUGGCCAUGGAAACACCCGGAUGCUUGGCGAAGUUUUCCUUUCGGUUGGCUGUUCCUUCCUGUUUCGCUUAUCGGGCAGCCCUUCUCGCAGAAAACCCGGGAUCAUUUUCUCCCCCUACUCACGUCAACUGCGUGGUGGAGCGGCACUCAGGCUGCAUUACGACGAGUCUUCAUUGAGGAUUCCGAUUUCAAAGAGAGCAUGUUCGCCAAACAAAUGGCGGUUAUGAAAGGCCAAGCUUGGAAUGUUGUCGAGACGCUCAAGCAGCCCGACCACGGUCCUUUGGAACUCACUCGUCGUACCCGAGUUUGCGUCUGGGAUGACCUCGUAGAUGUCCCGGUCGCAAUCCCCAUGCGGGGUCCAUCUACCGAGGCUCAGAGGCAGCGUAUGCAGGCUUCCAUGCGAGAAGAGGGCGAGCAGGAAAUGGACAUCAGUGCUGCUCCAGGCCGCGAUCAAGAUCUUUUGCCCUUGGGUUCUCCGGCAAGUGAUCUUCCCAAUCCUAACAGGUUUGAAUUGGCCCGUGAUGGAAGGUCUGCUGAGCUCGGGGAUGGAGCCCUUGACAUUGGCUACGAUCGCUUUGAUAUCGCAGAUGAUGGCAGGGAUUUGGCCACGAGUUGGGCCGCUCCGUCCUCUUAUCGAUCUCGCAAUUACAAAGAAGCCACACAUAAUGGAAGGUUAGAACGCUCAGCCAGACACGCGCGGUACAACUCGUUGUCAAAUCGACGAGGUAGCAAUUCAUGGGCCUUUGCUGGGGACGACCUUGAAGGCGACCUAGGCUAUGCAGCCGCGGAGGAAAUGGAAGGCCACGAACGAAAAGUCAUUGUUGAACGGCUUGAAACGGUCAAGAGCAAAAAUCCUAUCUUCACAUGGUGUUAA